AUGAUAAAAUGUGAUUACGAACGGAUCGUAUUUGGUCAUUUACUCACACAGUGUGUUCUUUCAGAUCAUUGUCGUUGGCGACGUGGAGGACCAUCUAUACCAACUACUGGAGCACCUAAAAUGGAUGAGAGUAAAGGUAUAUUAAUACUCAAUAUCAAGAUAUAGUCUAGAAGCUUUUAAUAUUUUAUAGUGAAUGGCCAUGCCGCUGAGCAGUCAUUGCAUGCAUGACAUUGUGUGCUUAGUCAAGAAUUUUCCCGCGCAUUAUUUCGAUAUAAUUUUGGCAAAAUUGGCUCAAAUUGUAAGUUUAAAUAAUUCCUAAUUGUGCUUAAACCACCUUUCUUGGGCCUUUGUCUUGUUCUUAAUCUCGAAAUUCCACCAAUAAAUCAAAAACUUUGCCGACCAUUCAUCUUGAAGUAAGUUAGCAGUAUCCCUCAUUAAUAUUCAGUACACCCCAGCAUGCAUUGUUAGGAUGAAUUUGUGGCUGGUAUUUCUAACCGCCUUUUUAUGUUGAACGACUUCACCACGAGAACAAGUCUAAAUCUUUUGUUGAUGGAUAGUGCGAUAAUAUGCUUGACAAGAUACUAUUGGGAAAUGUCAAUUUUCCACAAUAACAAAAAAACUCUACAGGGUGUAUAAAUAAGUGCACUAUUCUAAAAUUUCCACUAAUCUGAAAAUUCCGCCAAAUUUUUGACAACAUAGUGCUAGUAUGAGUAGUUUGGAUCUUCUGGAAUCUGUAGAAUUGCAUCACCAUAUUAUUUCGAAGUAUAUGUUUUCGAAUGCAGCCGGGCUACUAUUUUUCAAAACGAAUUUAAAAAUGGCUUGCGCACAAAAAUGGUAAGUUAAAACGCAAUUUGAAUUCACAUGAUGCAAAUUUAUAGAAGUUGUUUUAUGAACUAUCAAAGCACCAGACAAUUUUAUGUACAGUCCAACGCCCAAUUUUUUUUGCUAUAGUAGCCAUUAACGGAUAACUUUUUAACUUUUUGUGAAGAGUAUGUAAGAAACAAUUAUGCAUAGAAUCAGUCAUGCGUGUGAUAAAUUAUGCGCGAAAGGCUACUGUCGCGAAAAGUCCAACUUUCAAAUUUGCACUCUAAGAAUUCAAAUCGGGAUUUGAACCUUUAUUUUAUUAAAGUGGUUUUGGAAAACAGUCGUGCUGCACUCCAAAAAUUCACUUUUACUUUUCAGAAUAAAUUGGUGAUAGAGAUAUCAGAAGACUCCAAACUACCCAUACUAAGAUAAAGUUGCAACAAAUUUUGCGGAAUUUUUAGUUUAGUGGAAAUUUUAGAACUGUGCACGUUUUUUAUAAUUAUAAUUAUCCCUGUAAUUAUAUUAAUUAUAAUUAUCCCUGUAAUUAUAAUUAUAAUUAUUUUAGAACUGUGCACGUUUAAUAUAAUUAUAAUUAUCCCUGUAAUUAUCGUUAAAACUAUACUAAAUAUGUCAUAAUUUUUUUUCAGUUUUCGAGAUGGAUGUGAUUGCAAAGGUUAUAUUUCCCCAUUUACUGUAUAUGCUAAACCAGGUGAACCGAAGGUACAGGUCACGUUGCCAGAACCAGAAGUGAUAUGCAAAAAUUAUGUGAACAAGUCAGUUAGUCCACCUAGUGAUUCUAAGUUUAAACUGGGCCGACAUGCAAUUACUUAUUCGUACUGGUACGAAAGUUACAAGCGAGAUUUGAAGUGUUCUGUCAAUUUCACUGUUGCUGGUAAGUGAACGUUGAUAUACAUGACAUUUCUCAAUUCUGAUUGCUCAGUAGUACAUGUAUAGGUUAAGCACUGUCACACGACGACAUGGUUUUCUACAUUGUGGUUAGCCGCGCAUGCGCAAGCUAACCACACAAAAACCAGAUAAUUUGAGACGAGCGACUCAUACACUCUUGCAAAUCACGAGUAAAAACUUGCCCGGUUAUAAUUAUUUGAAUUUCUUCAUAUUUAGCUUGUGAAUGUCCCAGUAAUCAAACACUGAACGCGACAGUCAAGCCUGGUGAAACCGAAGCCUCUGUCAGCUGGCGGGAACCUGAACCUAGUUGCCCGACUAAUUCAAGCCCACAAAAUCCGAAAAAUACCAGUGAACGGUUUUCUGUAGGCAAACACACGGUCACGUACAAGUACACCCACGAUGGCCACGAAAGAGGGUCCCAAAAGUUUGAUGUAAAAUGUCAUGUGAACAUCGUUGUCACAGGUAUGCUACAUACUACACACGUAAAGAUGAUAAGGGAAUAGGUGGGCAUCGCAGGAAAAGUUUGGGCAAACGAAAGGGACUUAUUGAAGCUUCCUAAUGGCGGCAGAAUUCAAGUCCUGCAUAUGUAUCUACCGGUUGUAAAAAUGUACGCCCAUGCCACAUAGUGUAAUCUCCUUGGCAACAUCGCCUUACAGUAACAUCAAAAUGUUUUUAUUAUUGUUAAAAAAACAUGAAAAUUAAACCAUGUAAUGUUGUAAAAUACAAAUUCCCAAAUUUUUAUCACUAAAUCUAGAAUAAAAUGGGCCACGUACGAUUAGAUUUUUCACUGAAUUUGGAUGCUUCUGUUUAUUUAGGCCAGUCAUAAGUUUUGCUCAUGUUGAUUUUGUUUUUAUUUCCCGCCAUGUACAUGACAAUUAUUAAUACAUUAUUUUGCUAAGAUAGUCAUGACACUGUUGCUAAGACGAUUUCAAAAUGUGAUUUUUCCAGCUGUGAUGGUAGACUUUCAUUUCUUUGCCUAACUAAACAUAGAAAAAACCUGUUAUCGUUCCAUGUUUCGCUCACCAAUAUAGGUUAGGGGUUAAAUAUUUGGGGUUAGGUAUUAGGGGUUACGUAUUAGGGGCUAGGUAUUAGGGAUUAGGUUAGGGGUUAUGUGUAUGGAGGUAUCCAGUUAACUUUUCAGUACACUAUAUAUAGCAUCCAUUACAUAACGUUUCCUAUAUUGGUCCCGCAAUGCCAAAUCUAUCCUUUUAUACAUAUAGACUUGCUGUAAGUCUCUUUCUCGUUGUUUGUUUGUUUGUUUGUUUGUUUGUUUGUUUGUUUGUUUGUUUGUUUGUUUGUUUGUUUGUUUGUUUGUUUGUUUGUUUGUUUGCUUGCUUGCUUGCUUACUUGCUUGCUUGCUUGCUUGCUUGCUUGCUUGCUUGCUUGCUUGCUUGCUUGCUUGCUUGCUUGCUUGCUUGCUUGCUUGCUUGCUUGCUUGCUUGCUUGCUUGCUUGCUUGCUUGCUUGCUUGCUUGUUUGUUUGUUUGUUUGUUUGUUUGUUUGUUUGUUUGUUUGUUUGUUUGUUUGUUUGUUUGUUUGUUUGUUUGUUUGUUUGUUUGUUUGUUUGUUUGUUUGUUUGUUUGUUUGUUUGUUUGUUUUUUAGUUAAUUAUAUUCAGACAUAGCUUUUCGGUACAAUAUUAUUCCUAUGUACUGGACGUUGCGCACGCCUUAUUGCUAUUAUACGUCUCAUUAUUAAAGUCUCACCAUUUUCUAUGCCUGUAUUUUAGGAAUGUUUUGCGAUACAAAGGCUUACGACCCAGCCACUCAUGUUUGCUGUUGUGAUAAAGUUCAUAAGAAAAACUCUGGCCACGAGUGCUGUGGCGAGAAGUACUACAAUCCUAGUGAGAAAAUAUGUUGCCCAGGAGCCAUUCUCAAGCCUCUUGAAGGACACUGUCCUUUGAGCAUAAAAGUAUAAAAAGCUUCCUACGCAAUUCAAGGAAAUUUUGCUUGUUUAUAGGUAGAAAAUUAAAUGACAAUAAUAUAUAUAAUUUGUACCCAUUACAAAAAUGAUGGAAUUAGUAUUAUAUUAUUAAGUCAUUGAGAUUAACAUCUCUAUGGCGCAAAUUUACAUGUGGAUACAGCAAUUUGCAUUCAAGCACAAACCGAAAACAUUUUCGCGCGUUUCAUUACGUUUGAAACGUGGCGUUUACCGUUGGAAACGGAAAUGUUUCACUGCCCAUGUGACGUGUUACAGUGCAAAUUAGCCUAAUUCAGUCAUUUUUCAUGUUUUGAUGUGCUUUUGGUGUACGUUUCAGUAUUUCCAAGCUCACGAUAUUGUAAGAGCAAACUUGUUUAUUAUUCAUACUUUUUGUGACUAGAACGUAUUAUCAUGGCUUGGAAAUAUAGAAACAUGCACGGAGGCACAUCAAAACAUGAGAGUUGCGCCAAAAACAGCUUAUCAGGCUUUUCACUGUGACACGUACGUCACAUGAGCGGUGAAUACAUUUCAGUUUCCAACGGUAAACGCCCUGUUUCAAACGUAAAAAAAACGCGCGAAAAUGUUUGCGGUUUGUGCUUGGAUGCAAAUUGCUGUAAUGAUCAAAUGCGCUUGACAUUAUACAAAUAAUGAAUGUUUAUGAGUGCAAUGGUAAGAAUAUUUUCAUUCGGUGAAAGAUGGAAUGUUCCAUUCAACGAGGCGACAGCCGAGUUGAAUGGAACAUUCCAUCUUUCACCGAAUAAAAUAUUCUUACCAUUGCACGAAUAAAAGCAUUCAUUAUUUGUUUUAUAUUUUACCAAAAUAGACUAAUAUUACUGUAUUAGCUCCCGACAUUUUGACGAGUCGUAUUUGCAUUAAAUACCAUUUAGUGAGUUUCGAAUAUCGGGUUAAAAUAAACUGCGAUCACCGCACGAGAAGCAUUUUGACGGAUGCGAUUUAUCAAAAACACAAAGAGUGCAAUGGAAUAAAACGUAUAGUACAAUUGCACUCGCAAAGAGUGCAAUGGAACGUAUUCCAUUGCACUCUUGAAAAGUGGAAUUUUCUAUUCAAUAUCACGUGACCAUAAACAGUACUACUAUGAGAAAUUGAGCUUAGAUUUCGAUGUCGUUCGACAAAGAACUUGGAAAUCUUUGUGUACAAAGUGUCGCUCCUUUGGCAUUACUUGUUGUUCGUAAACGUGUAUAAACUGUAAAAAUUAUUUUAAAAAAAAUCAUUUAUACUCUGUUAAGACAAAAAGACUGUUCUAGCCAGUUAACACUUUAACUUAGAUUAAUAAACAUGUAAAUGUUAUGCAUGUUAGUAGAAAUAGUUUUGGUGGGACUUAAUUGGAUCUUAUUUAAGAUCUGUUGCCCUUUUCCUUCAAUCAUUUGUUAAUAUAUGUUAUUGAUUGUAAAGUUAAAAAAUAAAAUAAAAUAAACGAUCAGAAUUCAAUAAGGUAUUAUAUAGUAAGUACUAGGAGUACUAUAGAUAUACUAGAAUAUUAUAUUAUAAUAAUAUAUAAUAUAUACAUGAAAAUAUUAUUCAAUUCUGAUUGGCAGAGCAUGCAGUGCAAUUUUAUCGAAAUACAGGUCAGGAAAAGAAAUCCAGUAUCAAACGAAGAAGCGCCUAAACAAGUUUUGACUUGUUUUGACAAAAGGUCUUCUAUUUUGUGGGUUUGAAGUUUGCCGGGCUUCCAGAUCAUCACAUUAUAUAUUAAUGCUCCUAACCAUUACUUUCGACUGGAAAAAACAGUUAAAAUAAUUUAUCAGAGCAUUGAUUGCAAACUCGAAGAUGAUUUGAACAAACAAAAUACAGCUCGAAUUUGCAUAACUUAUACGCAUGAAUACGCACAAAUACAAACAUGUCGGUGUACAUUUUAUAUAAUAACACUGAAUGCUACCAAGGCUCUACGAUUAAAACUCAAACGGUGUAAAAGACCGGUUGCUUAUUAUAGCAACUCCUCUGCAUCACAGAGACUAAUACUGAGUGGGGAUAUUGAACAAAAUCCAGGACCAUUUCAACAAAAUGCUGUUGAGCAGAUAUCCGUAAGAAUUACUACGCGAGAGAAACGAAACCCCCCAGCUAGUCAUUACAACGGCAUAACCAUUAACACCCGCUUACUGAGACCAUUAAACCGUGUUAAUGAAAAUAUCGGCAAUUGCGGACAGCCACACUGUAUCAAAGUAUCCCAUCUCAACAUACGCUCGCUGAAAGAUCGUGGGAAAUUUCACCAGGUCAAUGAUCUUAUUUUAAGAAGUGACUUUGAUGUUUUCACAAUUUCUGAAACGUGGUUUAAUUCUACUGUUAAGAACAAAGAAUAUAGCAUUGAUGGAUAUAAACUUAUAAGAUUAGACAGGCUCAAGAAAGCUGGAGGUGGUGUAUGCGCCUAUAUCCGAAACUCUCUGAAAGUUAGGGUGCUCCGAGACAUCACGAAAACAUCCCAGUGCGGUUUCCAGCAGCUUUGGCUAAGCCUUCAACAUAAGAAACUAAAGUCACUUGUAAUUUGCGUUGCGUAUCGUCCACCAGAUACACCUGUCUCUUGUCUCAGAAAUGAACUGACCGCAGCUUACACCCAUGCAGUUAUGCUCGGCAAAGAUAUUUUAGUAGCAGGAGAUUUAAAUUGCAACUUACUCGUUGACUCCACCGAAUCUUGCGCUCUAAGAGACCUGUGUUCAACUCUAAAUCUUACGCAGCUGAUCUCAUCUCCCACAAGAGUAACUGAGACAUCGCAAACGCUUAUUGAUGUUAUACUUGCCUCCAAUGUAGACCUUGUCAAGAAAUCUGACGUUCUUAGCAUCACUAUUAGCGAUCAUUUUCUGGUUUACUCUACACUGAACCUGAAAAUGCCUCGAACAAAACCAGUCACAAUUACAACUCGUAGCUAUAAGAACUUUAAUGCAGACGCUUUUUGUAACGAUAUAUCAAAGAUCCCUUGGGAUACCGUCACGGUUUUUGACCACACUGACGAUCAGGUCUCCUGUUUCAAUAAUCUUUUUCAAGAUGUUUUAGAACAGCAUGCCCCCGUAAAAACGUUUAAAUCUAAAUAUCGCAAAUCCAAGGUGAUAACUCCUGAGAUCAGAGAUUUAAUGCGUGAACGUGAUAGAUUGCGGAAACGUGCACAUCAAAGAUCUAAUCCCCGUGACUGGGAGCGUUACAGAGGCCUACGACAAGAGGUUAAAUCGAAGAUAAUGCUGUCAGAAAUCCAGUUAGUGAAAGAUGAAAUCAGUGAGAACAAGAGUAACAAGACAUCCAUCUGGAAAACUGUCCGACAUUGCUUAAACCCAUGCGGUAAUUCAACCACCGCUUACUCACGCGACUGUACAGAGAUUGCCAACGAAUUCAAUCUGUUCUUUACAUCAGUUGGCGAAGCUGCUGCAAAACAAGCCCAGAAAUUGGCUAUAGACUACGAACUAGAAGCUGUUGCCCCUACCAAUUCUAUCAUUGAGGAAUGCGUGGAUGGCAUUGCCCCGUUUCUGUUCAAUUGCGUUACACAGGAACAAGUAAGAAACAUCAUCAUGAAUAUGCCGACAAACAAGGCUCCGGGGUAUGAUAAAGUUGGUAUGAAAGUUCUCAAGAUGUGUCUCCCUUCCAUCUUACCUGUAAUUACAGACAUGUUUAAUACAUCACUUUCAACUGCAUGUUUCCCGAAGGACUGGAAACAUGCUGAGGUAGUGGCGCAUCUAAAAGAGGGGGACCAUGAAGUAGCCGGUAAUAAUCGUCCCAUCUCUCUACUACCAGUAAUGUCAAAGGUUUUGGAAAGACUAGCACAUGACCAAUUUGUUGAUUAUCUAACAACCAACAACAUGCUCUCUGAUCACCAGAGUGGAAAUAAGAAAUGCCAUUCAACGGAAACGUUGGGAAUCCUGUUCACUAGUCAUCUUUACAGGGCUAUCGACGAGAAAAAGGUGACAGCCGUUCUUAUGUUGGACUUGAGUAAAGCAUUUGAUAGCAUUGACCAUCGGAGAUUGCUAGAUAAACUACGAAAGUUCAAUAUUCCUGAUCUAACCUUGGCUUGGUUUCAAAGCUACUUAACUGACAGAACACAAUACGUACGUAUUCAAAACUCUCUUUCGGAUUCUUUACCAAUCAAACAUGGAGUUCCACAGGGGUCUAUCCUGGGACCCCUGUUGUUUAAUCUCUACAUAAACGACUUACCAUCAGUCUGCCAGACUUGCAACGUUGAAUCUUAUGUAGAUGAUUCAAAACUUUAUAUCUCAUUUUCGAAUAAGGAUGUAAAUGAAGGCCUUGAUAACCUUAGACACGAUUUGAAUCGAGUUGCUUCAUGGUGCUGUGAGAAUCAUCUUCUUAUAAAUCCUGGUAAGACAGAGUUCUGUGUGUUUGGCUCUAAUAGAAUGCUAGCGAAGACAAUUAUCCCGCCGAUAACGUUUCUAGGGAAGGAAUUACCUGUCGUUGAUUCGGUGAAGGACCUCGGAAUGAUAAUAGACAAACAUUUAUCAUUUAACGAUCACACAGACGCUUUAACAAGCGAUCUUAUGGGCAAGUUAGCAAUGAUUAGUAGAAUUCGUCACCUAUUUGACAAAUCUACACUUUUCAUUGUAAUUAACUCGCUUGUUUUUACAAAGUUAUUCUACUGCUCCUCGGUAUGGUCAGGUACUAGCAAAUCAAAUCUUGCUAAACUUCAACAAGUGCAAAACUUUGCAGCCCGCCUGUUGUCAGGAAAGAGGAAAUAUGAACAUAUUACACCCACCCUCAAAGAGUUAAAACUACUUCCAGUAUCCGAGGCUUUUAGACUUAGAGACGGUGUUCAAAUGUUUAAGUGCAUGAAUAAUCAAGCACCGAAUUACCUGAUUAAUAUGUUUCAAAAAAGAUCAGACAUUCAUAAUUAUAAUACAAGGAACACCAAUGACCUGAAUCUAGCAAAGUGCCGCACUGCACUGGCUCAGAAUUCAUUUUGUUAUAGAGGCGCGGUGAUAUGGAACUCAUUGCCAUCUGAGCUCCGUGAUUUAGCCAGCCUGAACUGUUUUAAACGUAGUUUGAGAAGCCAUCUUCUUAGAAGUUGGCUUGCUUAA